AGAACGGUAGACGCGUGGAAGAGACAACGCGCCCCUUGACAUAGGCCAUUUUCCGCGGCGUCAAGACUGAAAGGGCCUGUCUCUUCAGGGGCAAGUGUACUACGGGUGCUUCCUCUGAAGAUUGUGCUAGAAAGAUUUCCGAAGCUCGUUUUUCAUCGCUACGAUCGAUAGGGCGAGAAGUAGCACGCAUCAUCGAAUGCUUACCGAUUCUCACGGGCUUCCGUAAACUGGAACGGAAGCAACAAGUAAGUGAGUCGGAGAUCACGCAAAGUCGGUGAGCAUACACGAAUCUGGCUCGCCGAGGAGAGGUCCCUCCUGGUGGUCGGAAAAGGGACAGCGAGGAGAGGACAUUAUUAUCACGAAGUCAUAAUCGCUUCUGAGACACAAUGACAGAAACGCUGGAGGAGAUAAAGAUCAUACAUCUGGAUGAUCCCGAGAUACUGAUCAAAGAUGAAACUGCAGAAAUAUUAUUUGAUGCAAAUGUUACACAGAGUGAAGCUGUAGUAGUGGCUAAUGCAGAUGAUAUGAGAAUUAUUUCUGAAAAUGGUCAGAUUUCAAUUAUAACUGAUUAUGAAUGUGUGACAUGUCACCGGGUCUUCCAAUCUGAAGAUAUGUUGAAAGAACAUUUAGACAUGUGCAGAGAGGAAGAUGAUUCGACCAAUAUUCUGGAAUUGAAUAAUUUGGCGAACUACGAUUCGGAUGAAGAGAACGAGAAUGAGGAUGAAGAAGAUAAAUAUAUCCUCCCAGAUUUAAUUGUGGAGGAUUUAGACACCAAUAGACAAAAAAAUAAUAACAAACCUGUGAUCAAGCCGGUGCCAGACACACAGUGUCACUGUUGCGCAGAGGAUUUGAAGACUGCACACAGUGGGGGUGACUUCAGAUGUUCCCACUGCGAGCUUCGUUUCAAGAAGAAAGCAUCCUUAGACAGGCACAUUAUAGUUAUUCACUGGAAGUGUGACUCUUGCACAUGCAACAUAUGUGGCUCUUCUUUUCGUGAUAAGAAAGAGCUGAAUAAACAUCGCUACACAACACAUGGUGAUCGUAAAAUUUUCAAAUGUGAGCCUUGUGACACUUAUUUUUCUCGCAGCUAUCACUUAAAUCGACACAUAAUGCAGUCCGGUUGUCACGGCAAUAUACUUAAUACAUUUAGUUGUCAAGUUUGCAAGAAGGAUUUCACGCGCAAGGAUAACUUGCGAGAACAUCUACGCACUCACGCGGGAACCCCGCAGCGGCAGAAGAAGUUAUGUAAGUAUUGCCCGAAGGCGUUCUUCACGAGUCAACAAUUGCUGAUACACGAGCGCAUGCACACCGGUGAACGGCCGGUACAGUGCGACUUGUGUCCGAAAACAUUCCUGUCGGCGUUAGCGUUGAAGAAGCACCGACGUGUACACACCGGAGAGAAACCGUUUGAAUGUAAAUAUUGUCAGAGAAAGUUCGCCGCUCGCGAGACGUUAAAUCGCCAUCAGCGUACCCACACCGGCGAGAAACCGCAUACCUGUCAGUACUGUGGCAAGUCCUUCAUACAGGCAUCUCAAUUAAGAGCGCACAUAUUUCACCAUACCGGCGAGAAUGGCUUUUAUUGCGAAGUGUGCGGUAAAGCGUUCAACCGAAAAGCACGCUUGAAUAUCCACAAAAAAUUCGUGCAUGAGGGAGCGAUCCCGUUCAUGUGUAAAAUUUGCGACAAGGGUUUCACGCGCAGGGAGGACCUAGUGAAACACUCACUACUGCACACUGGAGUUAAACCGUUCAAGUGUGACAAAUGUUCGAAAGCUUUCUCGGCGAAGUCUUCUCUGCAGGCUCACCUCAAUACCCACAGGCGCGAGCCGCCCCAGUCAUGCGUCGAGUGCAACAGAGUGUUCAUCCGGCAGGACUGCUUAAUGAGACACAUUCGGGCGAAACAUCGGGAAUUGUUGGAGGACGUUAUGAACGAAGUUGAGAAGAAGCAUCUGCAGACGCAAUUGUAUAAUAUUGCGACGAUUGCCGCGGCCAAAACGAAAACCGGCGAAUCUAGGACACUGUCCAUCGAUGAGCUGCUGAAGGCCAUUAUAGAUCUCCUGAGGAUACUUAUCGACGAGGAAACGCUACAACUAUUUGGUUGGCCGGAAGCACCAAUACAAGACGUCCUCGAAGCCGUAAUCAGAAGAUGUGGACACGACCCAGUAACUUCCGAAUCUUGUACGAUCUUCACUGAGAGGCUGCGAGAAAAUGUCAAGCUUCUGUUCACUGUAGUCAUCGAGGACGACACCGUGAAAUCUCUCUUGACGACGAAAACAGUAGAUGAUGUCAUACUUCACGUUGUAGAAAUAUCUAACGGGACAAAAAAGAAUUAGGGGAAAAAAUGUAAGUCACUAUCAUGUAACAAUUCACUUUUUUAUCGGUUUACCGAAAUGCGAGAAAGAUAAACUAGGGAAACUAUUUCAGCCAGUUAUAAACCAAUUUAUAAAUAUCGAUCGAUUCGACAGGUUAUUUGUAGAUCAUAUUAUAGCAUGUAAUUCAAUACAUUCAUCGAAUUUAUACCUUUCAUUGAUGUACGUUAAAGCUAUUUUUCGGGUCCAUCACGGAGAUGGUGGUGGAGGUAGAUUAGGUAACUCAUACGCAUCAUGUUUUAAUAUUGUUCAUUUUGCUACGUUAUUAUACACUUACAAUAAUUAUAUUAUACAUUUAUAUAUUAUUCGUCAUAUUGCGAUAAUUUUUCUAUAAGUAUUCUAUGUAUUUAUGUAUAUUUUUGGGAUAACUACAUUUUUGCCGACUUAAGCUAUAUCUUGUUACAAAAUGCGCAUUACGGGAACUAUUUUUAAACAUAUUUUGUAAUGUACUUUAAAUAUGUUUUUGAAUAUGUAUUGCUGUUAGCUAUGUAGAUUGUUAACUCUUUUUUUUUUUGUUUUAACGAGAAAAAUGUAUUGUAGUAGUAUAUAUGUAGUACAUUGGUAAGAUAAGGAAGAAAAGAGAUAGACACGGUUUUAUUUAUUGUAUCGUAGGCCUUAGAGAAAUGCUUGACUUAUCAGUUCAAAAUAACGUUUUACACUUUAAGUCUUUAUUAUCUUAAGUAAUGCAUAAUGACUCUCCUGUGUCUGGAAUCUGCAGCUGUUGUGAUUCAUGACCGCUGUAUAGGAAAAAAGUAAAAGAAUAAUAAUGUAAACAAAUAUUGAGGACAAUGUGUUAAAAUUCAAGUCAGCCAUUCUGCUAAGGUCCUAACUACAAAAAUGAAUGUUGAUACUAAACGAUUAUACAUACGUAUAUAUAUGCGAUCAAUAUACUUUCUCUCUUAAAA